CCCCCCCGACCGGAAGCCGCUCGUCGCCUGUACGUAACGCAUGGACGGGGGUCGAGUGGUGUAACCGAGCCGGACGCGGACAGCCUGCACUCGGUGCUCUGCAGCCGUGCGGGACGCAGGACCAGGCGGUCGGUGGAAGGGCGUUCGGAGUCGUUACACAACCCGGCGGGCCGCCGCGCGUCAUGACCCGGACACUCACGGAGUAACACCCGCGGCGGAGUCGAGCUAGCUUUAGCCGGCUAGCGUAGGUCGAAGAAAAGAAAAAGUUCUCGACGCGAAGCGAGUCCCGGCCGGUUCCGUCAACAGUCAGUCGUCCCGGUCAUCUUCGUGGGGGGUUUUAAUGGCUCUGGUGGCGGCGUUAACGCGGCUGGCCCGGGUCCGACAGCGGAGGACGGCGGCGGCGGCAGCCUGGAGCUUCUUCCAGGGCGGAGAGAGGAGCUUCAGCCCCGGAACCAACCCGCUCAGGGCUGAGAAGGUGACGGUCCACUUCGUGAACCGGGACGGUGAGAAGAUCACCGUGAAGGGCUCGCCCGGAGACUCCCUGCUGGAUGUGGUCAUCAACGAAGACCUCGACUUCGACGGUUUUGGAGCGUGCGAGGGGACGCUGGCAUGCUCCACGUGCCAUCUGAUCUUCGACGAGGAGACGUACAAGAAGCUGGGCCCCGUCACGGACGAGGAGAUGGACAUGCUGGACUUGGCCUACAGCCUCACCGACACCUCCCGUCUGGGUUGUCAGGUCUGCCUGUCCAAGUCCCUGGAGGGCAUCGUGGCCCGCGUCCCCGAGACCAUCUCCGACAUCCGACAGAGCAAAGACGGUUCGUCUUAACCGGAGCCCCCGACCCCCGAGGGGUGUGUAGAUGUGAAUCGGUCAGCCUCUCACUAACAAAGAAGCAAAAAAUCUCCACUUGACUGGAGAAUUUUUUCCACCCCAGCUUGAAUUUAACAAUAUUUAUACGGAUGUUUAGCUCUUUUCAGGGUCUUUUUAAAGCAUUACAUCGAUCUUUGUUCCACUGGAAUUUGUCGAAGCUGACUGAGAUGUUUGUAAUAAAGCUAACUCCACCACCCCAACUCUUCAUAUUUGCAUCAAAUGUAUCUUGUUUGCAAUCAGAUCUUUUAUGUAACCAUGUAAUUUUAUGAUGUGAUUGUACAUAGCUAGAAGACACACACACACACAUAUAUAUAUAUAUAUCUGUGUAUAAAGAGGAGAUGGAAUAAAAUUCUGCUUUC